UUAAACAGAGACUAUUACAAAGGUUGAAAAUGUGUAGCUCUACUGCUCUAGGGGAGGGAGGCACCCAUGCCGGCGACAGUUCGAAUAGGCGAACGCCGCACUUGCAAAAUCCGAACUUUUUCUCAUGGUGGUUACCGCCUCUUCUGUCCGCGAACGUUUAAUCCGACAUGCCGCGCGCCCCAGAAACCCGAGCAAAACCGCACCCCGCCGCCCCAAGAAUCCACCUCCCUCCUCCUCUAUCCUCCACCACAUAGUCGCCGGCGACCUUCGCACCUCCAUCACCAUCCUCCGCGCCACUCCAUCUCCCUUCCCAGCUUCCGUCUACUCUCGGCUCCUCCAUCUCUGCGCUUCACGCCAAGCCCUCGUCGCCGCUCGCUGCGUUGAAUCCCACAUCAUCUCCUCCUCCUAUCCCUCCCCACCUUCCACCUUCCUUCUCAACCGCUCUAUAGAGACUUAUGCUUUGUGCGGUUCCAUCGCCGAUGCUCGCGAGCUAUUCGACGAAAUGCCCCACCGGUCUGGCGGCACCUGGAACGCCAUGAUCUCUGCUUACGCUUGCGCUGGCUGUCCAUCUGACGCCAUCGCGCUCUUUGUCCGGAUGAAUGGGACUGGUAUCCGUCCCAAAGAUGUCACCUUUGCGUCAGUGCUAGGGUCGUGCUCCUGCCUUCUUGCCUUAACUCUUGCUAAGCAGCUUCAUGGGCUCAUUUUGAAAUUUGGGUUCUGCGUCAAUGUGAUUCUGGGGACUUCGCUUGUUGAUGUUUAUGGGAAAUGUCGGAUCAUGGAUGAAGCACAGAAGAAGUUUGAUGAGAUUCCUGACCCAAACCCGGUUUCAUGGAAUGUAAUUGUUAGGAGAUAUCUUGAUUUUGGCCAAGGGGAGAAAGCCGUGGAUAUGUUCUUGAAGAUGAUCCACAUGGGAGUUAUUCCUUUGAAUUUUACUAUUUCAAGUGCACUUGUGGCUUGUUCAGAUUCCUCUUGGCUUUGUGUAGGGUGCCAAAUUCAUGGAAUUGUUGUGAAGAAUGGUUUUUUAACAGAUUUGAUCGUUGAGAAUUCUGUCCUGGAAAUGUAUUCCAAGUGUGGUUGUAUUGAGGAUGCUCGGUGGAUCUUCAAUUGCUCUGUUUCAAGAGAUGUUGUUUCCUGGACCUCAAUGGUAUCAGGAUAUGCGAGCUGUGGACAAUUAAAUGAAGCUGAGAAGCUCUUCUAUGAGAUGCCUGAGAGGAAUGUAGUCUCUUGGAAUGCAUUGCUGGCUGGAUAUGUGCAGUCUUUUAACUGGGAAAAGGCCUUUGAUUUCUUCCAGGAGAUGCGAAGCGAAACUAAGGAGAUCGACUUUGUCACCCUUGGACUGAUGCUAAACUCUUGUGCCGGGCUCUUAGACUCUGAAAAGGGAAAACAGAUUCAUGGAUUUGCUUAUAGACAUCUUUUGUACUCAGAUAUCUUCUUCAGUAAUGCCCUCCUUGAUUUGUAUACAAAGUGUGGGAAUCUUAAGAGUGCUAAUCAUUGGUUCCUCCAAAUGUGUUCCAGAAGGGACAAAGUCUCCUGGAAUUCUCUCCUUGCAGGUUAUGCUCAUCACGGACGAAGUGAAGAGGCCUUCGAUAUUUUCAACGAAAUGUUGAAGGAGACAACACCCAAUGAGUUCACCUUUAGUUUGAUGCUGGCUGCUUCUGCUAACAUAUUCAUGCUGGAAAAUGGGAAACAAAUGCAUGCUUUCAUGAUCAGAAAUGAGUUCAAUAUGGAUGUAAUACUUAGAGGAGCGCUAGUUGACAUGUACUGUAAAUGCAGGCUCAUAAACUACGCAAUCAGAGUGUUUAAAGAGGAAAGAUUGAGGGAUGUUGUUUUGUGGAAUUCCGUAAUUUUGGGACUUGCUUAUAAUGGGAGAGGAGAUUAUAGUUUUGAACUGUUUGAGGCCAUGAAGAGAGACGGAAUCAAACCAGAUAAUAUCACUUUUAUCGGGUUGUUGCUUGCUUGCAUUGGUGAAGGAUCUGUGAACUUAGGCUUCAAGUAUUUUUACAUGAUGAGUGAAGAAUAUGGCGUUUUACCCCGGAUUGAACAUUAUGAGUGCAUGAUCGAGCUUUUGGGCAAGCAUGGAUCCAUGGUUGAGCUCCACGAAUUAAUCCAGAGGAUGCCAUUUGAACCUUCCAUCCCAAUGUGGAGUAGAAUUUAUGAUAGUAGUAAACAUGUGUACAGGAGAUUGAGAGAAGUGAAUGCAGUCCAAGUUACUGGUUCUAAUGGAUUACUAUGGAGCUUGAGAAUACAGAAGGAUAUUUUUAACAUAUUUAUGCUGACAUAUUGGCCAUCUGCUCGCUCAGCAUUGAAUUAUGGAGUGCUAGAUUUCAUGAAAUCUAUUCCUCAUAGUUGGGAAAAGAUUAAUGAUGAGGACGAGGAUGAUAAUCUGGCCUUCCUGACAUGCAAUUUGAAGGAAGUGCCUGCCACUUAUCGUCUUUUAGACUCUUCCCAAAAUCAGAGCUUGACGUCUCCUCUCCUCCGCCUUGACGAUGGAAUGGCAAAAUCCGCAUCAGCCUUCAGGCACCUCCCUUUUGACCUCUCCCUCUCAAACUCUACCUUCUUCUCCAAUCUCCUUCAAUCCUCCAUUAAAGCAAAGUCUCUGCUUGAGGUUCAGCGUGUCCAUGCUCGCCUCCUAAAAACUCGCUUCGCUUCCGAGGUCUUCAUCCAGAACCGGCUUAUCGAUGCCUAUUCCAAGUGUGGGCUUCUUCAUGAUGCCCAACAGGUGUUUGAGAAAAUGCCCGACCGAAAUACCUUCACUUGGAAUAACAUAAUAGGAGCUCUUCUGAGUUUCCAAAUGGUCAACGAGGCGGAAUUGCUCUUCCACUCCAUGCCUGCACCCGACCAAUGCUCUUGGAACUUGAUGGUCUCAGGUGCAGCUCAGCAUGGUUGCUUGAGAAAAGCUCUUCAAUACUUCAACGGUAUGCAUAGUGAGAACUUUGUGCUCAAUGGGUAUUCUUUUUCCAGUGCUCUCAGUGCCUGUGCUGGUUUGUUUGAAUCUGAAUUUGGUCUCCAGAUCCACGCAAUGAUUUCAAAAUCUCCUUUUGCUUUCGAUGUCUACAUGGGCAGUGCGUUGGUUGACAUGUACUCCAAGUGCCGGCAAUCGUCAGAUGCUCACAGAGUGUUUGACUAUAUGCCAGAGAAAAAUAUUGUGUCCUGGAACAGCCUAAUCACUUGCUACGAGCAGAAUGGUCCUGUGAGUGAAGCCAUGGAUAUGUUUGUGAGGAUGAUGGAGUGUGAUGUUGAGUAUGACGAGGUUACCCUUGCAAGCGUAGUCAGUGCUUGUGCUAGCCUUUUUUAUAUCAGAGAAGGAAAGCAGAUACACACCCGCGUUAUUAAGUUUGAAAAAUUGAGGAACGACUUGAUACUCAGCAAUGCUUUGGUUGACAUGUAUGCGAAAUGCGGUAAAGUCGGUGCGGCGAGGAAGAUUUUUGAUCGCAUGAUUGUUAAGAGCAUGGUAUCGGAAACAACAAUGCUUGCUGGAUAUGUGAAAUCAUCAAUGGUCGACGAUGCGAGGUUGAUGUUUGUGAAGAUGCCAGAGAAGAAUAUUGUUGCUUGGAAUGCUCUAAUUGCAGGUUAUACACAAAAUGGGGAGAAUGAGGAGGCCUUUAGACUAUUUCUUAUGUUGAAGAGGGAAUCUGUUUGGCCAUCUCAUUACACCUUUGGCAAUGUCCUUAAUGCCUGUGCUAACCUUGCUGUCCUCCAGAUUGGCCAGCAGGCACAUGCUCAUGUGUUGAAGCAUGGUUUCAGAUUUGAAAAUGGUCCAGAACCUGAUAUCUUCAUUGGGAACUCGCUAUUGGACAUGUACCAUAAAUGUGGAUCCAUGGAUGAGGCAAGGACAGUUUUUGAACGAAUGCUCAAAAGAGACAAAGUUUCAUGGAAUGCCAUGAUUGUGGGGUACGCACAAAAUGGGAGCGGAGAGGAGGCCAUAAAUCUCUAUGCGAGGAUGCUAAUGGCCGACGAAGCACCCGAUCAUGUGACGAUGAUUGGGGUUUUGUCAGGAUGCAGCCACGCGGGGUUGUUGGAAGAGGGGCGUAAAUAUUUCGACUCUAUGGUUAAGGAGCAUGGUUUGAUUCCAUCUAGAGAUCACUACACAUGCAUGAUUGACUUGCUUGGCAGAGCCGGGAGAUUCAGUGAAGUUGAGAAAUUCAUGAGAGAGAUGCCUAUUGUACCUGAUUCUGUUCUUUGGAGUUCUUUGCUGUCAGCAUGUAGAGUUCACCGUAAUGUCGAAAUGGGAGAAUGGGUUGCUGGGAAGCUCUUUGAGCUUGAUUCUGAAAAUUCAGGACCUUAUAUUCUUCUGUCAAAUAUGUAUGCUGAGAUAGGGAGAUGGGCUGAUGUUGUGAGAAUUAGAAGGUUGAUGAAGGAUAGAGGAGUUAUUAAGCAGCCUGGGUGUAGCUGGGUUGAAAUUGGAAGGAAGAUCCAUGUCUUCACGGUAAAAGAUAAAACCCACUCCAAGAGAAAAGAGAUCCAUAGAAUCCUGAGAGUUCUAAAGAUACAAAUGGAGAGACUUGCUGUCGAAUCGAGCGCUGAGGUCUCUCUGGAUAUUCUUGUACUUGGAGAUGAAUAAGAGCUUUUAACAUCUAUGA